AUGAGCUUCACUCCUGUGGCUCUCAAGGCCAUGGAGGCCGAUUUCAAGGCAGACGCUGCUCUGAGAAGGACCAAUACACAAACCACGGAUGGUAGCGACGAGCUGGAAGAUGUCCCUGCCAAGGCUGCCGAGGCCGGUGUCGACGAUGCAGACCAUCCGACAGAUGCCAGCAAGGCAAGUAACGUGAAAGACGCAGACGCCGUACGCGAGGCGGAAAGAAAAGAAUCCCGCAAGAAAGCCGAGAAGAAGCUGAGGCUGUUUUGCUUCUUGGUGGCGGCCGUCCUCCAACUUAGUCUCCUGGCGGGCGGCGCCUACAACCCUACCCUCCCGUGA